AUUGUAGAGUUGGAGAAUGAUCAUGAGACAAUUGGGACAUGAGGGACUAAAGUGGAACUAAACAUUAAGAUGAGGGACUAUUAGUGAGAUUUGGCUUUUAAUUGAAGGAUGGAAAUGCAAUAUUGUAAUAUCAUAUUAUACAAAAAAAAAAAUAAAAAAAAUCAAUAUAACGCUAACCUUAGGCACCCAAGAAAAAGCAAACACAUAUAUUUUUUUGUCAUCAAAAUAAAAUGUGUAGCAUUAUAAUGCAACUAGCGAUUUCGAACAAGCCCGUAGAUUGUAUUUCUUCCUUUAGCACGAGAAAACAUCUAAAAGCGUGGUUUGUGCCCUCCCUUGUAAUAAAGCCUAACUGUUCAUCGUUAAAAUGCAACGCAAAGGCCGUUUGCGAUGAUCUCGUUAUUAAUCCAACUGUUCGACGAACCGGAAACUACAAGCCUUCACUUUGGGGUUUCGAUUAUCUUCAAUCAUUGAACAGUAAAUACAAGGAGGAGAGAUAUUUGAAAAGGGCUUUCGAGUUGACGGAGCAAGUGAAGAUGGUGAUGGAGGAACAAGUUAUGUUAAUGGAUUUUGUUCACCAACUCGAUUUCAUUGAUAACUUGCAUAGGCUUAAUAUAUCUUAUCUCUUUGACCGUGAAAUCGAACAAAUCUUGAAUUCCUUAUAUCAUAAUUGCUAUAAAUAUUUUCACGAAAAAGAUUUGUACUCUGUAGCACUUGGAUUCCGGCUCCUCAGACAACACGGUUUUAGCGUCUCCCAAGAUGUGUUUGAUAGUUUCAAGAACGAGAGGGGUGAUUCUUUUAAGGAAAGUCUUGGAGAUAAUAUGAAUACUAAAGGGUUGUUGCAACUCUAUGAAGCAUCUUUUCUUAUGACAUGUGGCGAGAUAACAUUGGAGCUCGCGAGAGAUUUUUCGACCAAUUUACUGCGGAAAAUACUUGACGACCACGACCGAAUCUAUGAUGACGAUGAGGGAGAUGUUUUAUUACUAAUGGUGCGGCACGCUUUGGAGCUCCCGAUUCAUUGGAGGACUCCAAGGCUAAACGCAAGAUGCUUCAUAGAUUUAUACGAGAAAAAAUCCGACAUGGAUCCACUUGUUCUCGAGCUUGCUAAACUCGACUUCAACAUUGUUCAAGCUGCACACCAACAAGAACUCAAACACGUAUCAAGUUGGUGGAAAGAAACAAGGCUAGCAGAGAAGCUUCCAUUUGCAAGGGAUAGAGUUGUGGAGAGUUACAUAUUAACCAUUGGAGAGAUGUUUCAGCCUCAAUAUGGAUAUUCAAGAAUCAUGGGCACAAAGGUCAAUUCACUUGUCACAGUUAUCGAUGACAUGUUUGAUGUUUAUGGUACUUUGGAAGAAUUGCAACUCUUCAAUGACGUCAUCCAACGGUGGGAUAUUGGUGCAAUAGACCAACUGCCAGAGUACAUGCAAAUAUGUUUUCUUGCAUUGAACAACUUCGUCAAUGAAAUGGCUUAUGAUGUUCUCAAACAACAAGGAUUUCUCAUCAUUCCAUAUUUACGAAAAUCGUGGGCGGAUUUAUGCGCAACGUAUUUACAAGAGGCGAAAUGGUAUUGGAGAGGGUAUAAACCGACACUCGAAGAAUACAUGAGCAAAGCAUGGAUUUCAAUUUCAGUUCCCGUAAUCCUAUCCCAUGCUUAUUUUCUCGUCACUAAUCCGAUACAAAAAGUGGGGGCACAAAGUUUGUACGACGAAGAUCAAUUAUAUCACAAUGUAGUUCGAUUCUCAGGCACUAUUGCUCGCCUCGCAAACGAUCUUGGAACAUCGCCGGAUGAGAUGGAAAGAGGUGAUGUGCCAAAAGCGAUUCAGUGCUACAUGAAUGAGACGGGUGCUCGUAGAGAAGAGGCGCGUGAAUAUAUAAGGUUUCUUAUAUACGAGACGUGGAAAAAGAUGAACGAAGAACGAGUCAUUACAGAUUCGCCAUUGCCGAGGAAUCUUGUUAGAAUUGCAGUCGAUUUGGGGAGAAUUGCGCAUUAUAUAUAUCAGCACGGAGAUGGGUACGGAACUCAGCAUUGUCGAGUCAAGAAUCGGUUUUCGGAUUUGCUAUUCGAGCCUAUUGUAUAGAUAUAUAUAAAUGGGUAGGGUUAUUUGGCAAUUAUUGAUUUUACAUGGGACGCAUUUGGAAUUAAACAUAAUAUAAGACAUUUCAACUUCA